GUGAUACUGACUUCCCAGAGUUCACGGUGAUGGGUUUGCUGGACGACCAUCAGUUUGUGUACUUUGACAGCAACACCAAGACACUGGUCCCCACCACUGAGUGGAUGAAGGAGAAUGCAGGAGAAUACUACUGGGAGCUCUACACUGAGCCCCUGAUUAACCAAUAUGAAGGCUUCAAAAACCUCAUUAUGUUUGCAAAGAAGCAGUUCAACCAAACCCAGUCAAAAGGUAACAGAAUGCACAUGUGCAUGCACGCAAACACACACACACAAACAAAUUAAUCAAGUAAACUCUUCUCAUUUAAAACACACAUGCAUCAAACCACAUCUAGCCUUGUUCUCAGUUAUGGCUAGUGUUACAUGGCCGUUGUCCAGUUAAUACAUGUUUACUGUAGAUACCCCUAUCUCUCUCCCUCUUUCUCAGGUGUUCACACAAUCCAGAACUUGUACGGCUAUGAGUGGAAUGAUGAGACUGAACUCAAAUAUUAUUUCCAUCACUAUGGAUACGAUGGUGAGGAUUUCAUAUCAUUGGACAUGAAGACCAUAAGAUGGAUAACCUCCGUACAGCAGGCAGACACCAUCAAGCAGAAGUGGGACAACAACAGCAAGGAUCUGCAGUAUCUCAAAUGGUACUAAGGAGUGUAUUGACACUUUGAAGAAGUAUGUGAACUUCACCAGCAGCAUCUUGAAGAGGACAGGUACAGAGACAGAGUCCUUUUCAAUCAAAACCUAUUACCGGUUGUUUCUGGCUUGAGGCACAACAACAUCAUUCCCCCCCUACAAGAAUGCUGUUUUGAUUUUAUAUGUAUUUCCUCUCACUCCUUCUCUUCAGUCCCUCCCUCAGUGUCUCUGCUCCAGAAGACCCCCUCCUCUCCAGUGAACUGCCACGCUACAGGUUUCUACCCCAGUGGAGUCAUGGUGUUCUGGCAGAAAGAUGGACAAGAACAGCAUGAAGAUGUGGAGCAUGGAGAGACUCUCCCUAAUCUAGAUGGAACCUUCCAGAAAAGUACUCACCUCACAAUGGACUCUGAGGAGUGGGAGAACAACAACUAUACCUGUGUGGUUGAACACAAAGAAAACAUCAUCACCAUCAAACUGGAUCAGUCUGUGAUAAAAACAAACAGUGGUAAGAUGAAUCAUAUUUUUCAAUAUGACAGAGAAUGCAAUGAUUUACAGUAAUAUUCACUAUGUGUGCAUGCGUGUUUGUUCAUAAACUCAGACAAGCUUCCUGAAUAUGGCUUCAUCAUCAUUGGAGUAGUGUUUUGUCAUCCUCCUAGCCCUCUUCACCAUAGCUGGGUUUAUUAUGUGGAACAGGAUGAGGACAGGUGAGCAACGACAGAAAGAAUAUGUGACUGAGUACAGUACAUUACAAAUAUUGAAGAAGCCUGGAGAAGCCCACAUGUAUUUGAACAUGGCGUGGGUUGGUAUGUACAGUGUUGAUGCUUAAUACAGCUUUUAAAGGACUCUAACUAUUUGGAUCCCUCUGUUUUGUGUUAGCCUCUGAUGAUGGUUCCAACCCGUCCAUGACACAGCAGAACCAGAUACAGUGUGAGGUUUCUCUCUCACUAAUUAAACAGGUAAUGUACUGUAUCUGUAAGGGUCCAGUGGCAUCAAGUGGCUUGUACUCUUGUUAGAUUAUGCUUCUCUGUCUGUCCGUCCGUCCAUCCUUCUGCAAAUCAAUUCCCCAACCUUUCCUUUGUCAACCCAGAUGUCUGUCUGUCUGUCUGUCUGUUUGUCUCACAGGAGAGAAGCAGAGAAAGGAGGACUUUUAUUGAAGGACAGUGAGGCCAGC